GUUGGUUGUCCGCUGCAUGUUCUGUCUCGACCGGCCGCCUUGCUAGAGGACGUUGGUGUCAUAUCGGAGGAAGAAUUUAUUACAUUGCUCUAGUUUUUUUAUUUUAAACUCAGUGUCAAAAUCCAUCUUCAGUAUGUUUUCCCGCGUCGCCAGACCAGCUCUUAACAUCACACGCAGUCUGUCCACUUCCUCGCAGAACAAUGCAAAGGUGGCAGUACUGGGUGCAGCUGGAGGAAUUGGCCAGCCCCUGUCCCUGCUCCUGAAGAACAGUCCUCUGGUGAGCCAGCUGACCUUAUAUGAUAUUGCCCACACACCUGGAGUGGCAGCAGACCUCAGCCAUAUCGAGACCAGGGCCCAGGUCACUGGCCACAUUGGUCCAGAUCAGCUGGGUGCCGCUCUGAAAGGAUGUGAAGUUGUUGUCAUCCCGGCUGGAGUUCCCAGGAAACCUGGUAUGACCCGCGAUGAUCUUUUCAACACCAAUGCGUCCAUUGUGGCCACCCUGACUGAUGCCUGUGCCCGCAACUGCCCAGAAGCUAUGCUCUGCAUCAUUUCCAAUCCUGUGAACUCUACUGUCCCCAUUGCAUCUGAGGUCCUGAAGAAGCAUGGGGUUUACAACCCUAAUCGUGUGUUUGGUGUCACAACAUUGGACAUUGUCAGAGCAAACACCUUUGUUGCAGAACUGAAGGGUCUGGAUCCAGCUCGUGUCAAUGUUCCAGUGGUUGGAGGUCAUGCCGGAAAGACCAUCAUUCCCCUCAUUUCACAGUGUACUCCUAAAGUGGAAUUCCCUGUGGACACACUCACUGCUCUGACAGGCCGUAUUCAAGAGGCGGGCACCGAAGUUGUCAAGGCUAAAGCUGGAGCAGGUUCCGCCACACUUUCGAUGGCCUAUGCCGGGGCCCGAUUCACCUUCUCUCUGCUGGAUGCUAUGAACGGCAAGGAGGGCGUUGUUGAAUGCUCAUUUGUGAGGUCUGAGGAAACAGAGUGUAAAUAUUUCUCCACACCUCUCCUUUUGGGGAAACAUGGAAUUGAGAAAAACCUUGGUCUCGGCAAGCUUUCUGCCUUUGAGGAGAAGCUGGUGGCUGAUGCCAUGGGAGAGCUGAAAGGCUCCAUCAAGAAAGGAGAGGAUUUUGUCCUGAACAUGAAGUAACCGGGCAAACCCAGCCACUGAACCUGUCAUCACAUUGUGAAGUGAGCUGAAAUGCAAAAGAUCUGCCAGAAAUACAAGUUAAACGUGCAAUGUUUGACAGCUUUAGUGUAGCUGUUUGUUACUGUCUGGAAGUGUAAAUUAUGUGAUGAAUAAAAUGGCCUAUGUUUUACCAUA